CCAUUAAUGAUAUUUUUUAUUAUUGAUUCCGGAAACUUAGUGCGUCCCACGCAUGUCCCACAUACACAGUAUGAAAGUAUAAUAAAUUUGUGUAUUUCAGCCCAGAACCUUCCUUCCUCAUCAGAAGGCCUAUGGUGAGCUUGUAUAUUUCUUUUAUACGAGAUUUCAUUUGGAACACUUUAAACAUAAAGGACCAUAUUAUAAAAAGGUAAUAGAUUCAUUUUGUACCUAGAUCUUCUGUUUUAGAAAAAAAAAGAAAGCUACAAAUAAGCUGCAAUUAAAAAUGAGAAAAAACUCACAAAGUUAACCCUUUUCUCUUUCGUUGGGUUUUAAUCAAAGUAACAUUCUGUUGACUAUCUGACGUGUCAAAUGUAAAAUUAAACCAUUUUUUUUCUAAUUUUUACAGACCCACGAAUUUGUGUGCAAAUUCUCCAACCACUACGUUCAUUUAAUGACUUUAUUGAUGGUUUCUGGAGUAUUCUUUUAUAACGCCCUACCGUGGUACCACAACUACAAAGUUGGUGCUCUGUCUAAUAAUCUUGCAGAAAAUGAAACCAUCGAUUUCUCUGUACUUUAUUAUUAUCCCGGAUUUAAACCCGAGGAUCAUUACUGGCUUGUAUCAAUUUGGAAUAUUUAUUUAAGUUUUAUCUGUGCUGUUAACAUUUGCAUGGUGGAUGUGUUUCUGGCAUUGAUGGUGUUUCAAAUGAUAGGGCACACGAAAGUGUUGAUUAAUAGCCUUGAGAAUUUCGGAAUACCCAAAUCACAACGAGAAGUUAUGAUGGGAGGAAAAAUGAAAAUAAAUGUCGGAUUAUUCGAUGAAGAAGAAAACAAAAUUAUGUGCAACAAAAUGAUUGAAUGCAUUAAUCAUCAUAGGCUUAUAAUAAAGUACGUAUAAUGAGACAUCUAUUUAUAAUUCUGGAAAAUAUCCAAAUUAAUUUGCUUUUUAAUAUAAUUAACGUUUUAAUUCCAGAUUCGCCAACGACGUGUCCUCUAUACUAGGCCCUACGUUGGCAUUCAAUUAUUUAUUUCAUCUUAUCAGUUGCUGUCUUUUGUUGCUGGAAUGUUCUCAAUUAGUAUGUAAACAGAUAAUUAAAAUAGUGUUAAUUUAAAAUUUGCUCAUAUUUUCACGACGCUUUUUAAAUGAAGUAAACAGCAUUAGCAAAACAAUUUACAGGUGGAGCACGUAAAAGAGACGUGGUAUUGAACCGUGACAGAAACAUAUUCUGCUUUGCUAUUCUGUUACAAAUACAUUUAUAUCACAGUGUUCAACACAGUGCUAUCACAGCAUUAUUAACUUUUGACGUAAGUAAGUAUGUCUUAUUUGAUUGAGCCUCUAAAACAGUAACAGUGCUGUGUUCGAAGCUGUAUUUUUAACAGAAUGACAUUGCAGUUUUUAUCCAUUUUGUAUGUGCUGUGAUAUGAACACAUUCACUGAUGAAACUAAUAA